CUUUCACUGUCUAGUCUUCGCAUCCUUACUUUGCAUUCCUUCAUUAUGGCCUUCAGCACUGUUGCUAUAGGGACGCGGUUCGAGAAUCACGCCUUGAAAUUCCUGAAUCACCAUCUGCACAUGUCCUUAACGAGAGUCGGUCGUGCUGGAGAUCAAGGUAUAGACCUUCGAGGAUGGUGGUGGUUACCAUCAGGAACGCUCCGAGCGGGUCCAUCCAGCUCGAGCGAAGGGUCGGGGAUGGACAACACGUCGGCAGUCAGGAAAGGAAAGGGCAGAGCAUUGCCUGAGGAAGAUAUGGUCCGAAUCAGGGUUGUUGCACAAUGCAAGGCGUUGAGUGUCAAGACUCCUCCGAGGGAUGUCCGAGAAUUGGAAGGAGUCAUGGCGGGUCUGAAACUGCGGCAGCUCAGUCAACAACAAGCUGAUAGACUACUCGAAUCAGAGGAUGACCCAGGACUCGACUCCCACCUCGGCACGAUUGCCAUUCUGGUCUCUCAAUCUGGUUUCUCGAGAGAUGCCGUGACCCGAGCACUCAAUUCUCCCGCACCGAUGAUGUUGAUCCAUCUACCGGGUGGUAGAACGACUCCGUCGCUCUUACUCGAUGGGAUCGGUGAAGGGGGUCACGGCAUGCAAGUCAAUGGGUGUCUCUGGAAUCACGCGAUGCAAGGGGACAAGGGUCUAUUCUCCUCAAACCUGGCCUUGAGGAGAGAGAUUUUGAGCGAAACGGAAGGCGACGAGGAAGGGAUCAAGGUGAAAGAACAGUGGAGAUGUUGGUACGAUGGCAUGCGAUUGGAUCGAGUUGGACCCUCUUUGGAGCAAAGCAUGGAAGAGAGAGCACAUCUAUAGCAUAGGUC